GUUCGCCAAUUUCAAAAGAUAAAGUACUUUUGCUAAGAAAAUUGCUUAGCUCCUCAUAAGAACAGAAGAUAAGUAGCUUUAGUGUUCAUUCGGCAGAUUGCGGUGUCUAUUUCGGGAUAGAAAACUGUACGUAGGAUAAUUUCGUUACUGAAAGUGAAGUCGGCAACACGUGUUGGCAACAUGGCAAGCAAAAUAACAAAGAUUGUGGAAUUAAGUCCACAGCAAAACCACCCGGUUAUAUUGGAAAAUUUUGGAACAUACCUGGAACACAGACAGCACGAUAUGAAAUGUUUGCUAGCGCACGACCGAAGCGCAUCGAUGGUGAGUGAAGGCGUUGGUAACGUACUCCUGGUGACGGGUGAAAAAGAGAUGUACUACGGUAACAUUAAGGUGAAUCCAGCGGAGUCACAACAGCCCGACCUGUUGCACACGUUCGUGGCCCGGCGCAACCGGACGACGGGCAAGAUAAAGCUGUUCGAGGUUCGAUCCAGCACCUUGAUGCACGUCAGUCACGAUCGCCCGUCGUACGAACAGCCGGAUAAGGAAACGAACAAUUGCCGUUUGCAGAAUCUACAGCGAAGGUUCAACCCCCGAGCGGCGUACAUGCAGGAGAAGGCGAUAAAUAACCGCAUCGAUCUGUCCGUGAUGGAAGGGAAGCUGCAAUCCCUGUUGGCCGAGACCGUGGUGAAGGAUGUGGAAGAUUCGUGUACGACCAAAAUCACUACGGGCAAUGACGAUUUGCAGCAGGAGCUUCACACCAAGGCUAACCCUAACGCGAAAACGCUGGCCUAUCUGUACGAUGCCCAGAAAGUGAUCGGUGCGGAUGUUUGGCGCAGCCUAACCGAAUCCGCCAAAAAGUUGCUGGAGAUCCCAGUCGAGAGUUUCCACAUGGCCAACAGCUACCUCGAAACUAAGGUAAAAGCGGUUAUGCAAUCGAAAGAACCGACGACCGAACCGAAUCUUGCCAUUCUUCGGACGUGUAUGUACAUGGAUGUGUUGGCGCUGCUGACGAGUCGCAAGGCGUAUCAGUUAACGAAGAAAAACCGCAAUGUUUCGUCCUUCACCAAAGUGCUGGACGGUCCAAUCCGGCAGCUCUUUCUCCAGCGUGUGCAAAGCAUUUCGUAUACGACCGAUCAGGUCACGAAGUAUACACGCAAAAAAGCGCUGCUGUACUAUCUGGCACUGGUGUUUGCACUCGAGGGCCGUGAUGUGGUAGACAUGAACUUGAUUCACCAGUCCCUGGAAGUACCACGCAACGACGUUGCAAUGUAUGGUACUAUUGUUGGCGCACGGUACAAUGCUAAGCAGGACCAAUUCACAAUCGGAACAGUUCAGUCGAAAACGGAACAAAUUAAAUCCGAGAACCUUUCCGAGUUAUUGCAAGGAUCGCGGCUUGGGAAGCGCUCGAGGAGCAACUAAGGUUGGGCCUAGUUUCACGUGACAGUUGAAGCAGAAGCAGCAGUUUUGCUCCCCAUAAUAUUGCAAUAGUCUCAUCGUCCAACACCAUCCACAUAAUUGCCCUUUUCUAAGAGUUCUAAUGACUAACUCUCCGACGUGAAGUGCUAAAGGAGUAUAGUUUUGUACUGGGUGUCCCUGCGUCAGCUUAU